AUGGCACACCCAAGGUAUUCAUUUGACGACGACCAAAUGGCAGAACGAGAACCUCUUGAUGCAAACGCAUCUCCAUACCAUCCACGAAACCAGUACUAUCCGCCCUCACGCUCUCAGCAACAGUAUCAAGAUUCAUUCCGCCCGCCGUCCGCAUCCCGACCCGGAGCCCAUCCGGAUUCUGCCUUUGAACGACUUCGUAUGCAGAGACGCAACAGCCGAGGACAAUCCGCAGAGAGGGGCAAUGGUGAUGGCAAUUUUAGAGCAUACGUACCAGCUGGUGCGGCAUCCAACAGCUACGAGCAACAAGAUAUAGUGCCGCCUAUAUCCCUUCCCCAGCCGCCUCCUCACCGCGCCGAGGGAAGACCAUGGGGCAAUGAUCAGGUUAGCUACUCGGAGUCACAACGACCAAGGGCCCUUAGCAACAUCACUCCUGGAGCGGACGACUUCAGCAAUGCUGCUGCCGGUGGUAUGACGGGGAUUGCGCUGACCGUCGCUGACCAGACUGCGAGGGAGAGCGGACUCAACGCACUUCACGGCCCCGCCUACCCAAGAGAAUACGAUCAACAAGCUCUCCCGACACAAUUCCAAAGCCAACAGGUUCCCGGGCCGAAUGCACGCGAACCAUCGAGCUAUUCCCAGGCACAGAUGCCUUACGCUAGUCCCUAUACUCAAAACAGCGGCCCCUCUAGCCUACAGAACAGUUCACAAGCACUAAAUGCUGCGCAAUAUGCGCCUGACGCCGGUACACCUGGCCAGGCAAGUCCCUCGAGAAGCCCACCGCAAGGUUCUGGUACAACAGGUAUUUACACGGACGAUCCCUUCCUGGCCUAUGGCCGUCCUCAGCCACCAGGUCUAGGGGUUGUCGACCCGCUCGCCGCUCUUGACGACGAUGGUGAUGACGGGCUCAACUACCACCGCAAGGCGAAAAGGAACAGCAUGCUCAGCCUCAGUAAUGGGAGCAACAAGAGUGCUGCAGCCAUUGCUGGCACUGCUGCGGCUGGCGGCGUCAUUGGGGGUCUGGCGAGCCGUAAUGGGAGCGGCAACGUCUCUGGCUACACCCCGGUGAAAAACAAUGUCCAGAUGACCGACACGAUACAAGCGGCUAGUCCAUAUGAUCCAGGUUUCGUGGCUGAAAAGCCUGGGUGGAACUCCUCAGGCAAGUCGAGCAGCAAAGGCAAGAAGUGGAGGCUAGUGGCCAUCCUGGCGCUUGCCCUUCUUGUCGCUGCCGGCAUAGCCCUCGGAAUAGUAUUCGGUGUUGUGCUCAAGCGUGGCGGGGACGACAAGAAGCAGGGUGAAUCCGCUGCUGAUGAUACGGCAAAGAAUGGGGAUCUCGACAUCAACUCCUCCGAAAUCCAGGCGCUCAUGAAUAACCCCGACCUGCACAAAGUGUUCCCAGGCAUGGAUUAUACGCCACUUAAUUCGCAGUACCCGGAUUGUAUGCACAACCCUCCCUCGCAAAACAACAUCACUCGUGAUGUCGCGGUCCUGUCGCAGUUGACCAACACGAUUCGACUUUACGGCACCGAUUGUAACCAAACCGAGAUGGUCAUCCACGCUUUAAAGCAGCUGAAGCUCGACAACACGAUCAAAAUCUGGCUGGGCGUCUGGCAAGAUGGCAACACGACGACUAAUGAUCGUCAGCUCUCCCAGACGUGGACAAUUCUCGACACCUACGGCGAGAAAUGGUUCAAGGGUCUGAUUGUAGCUAACGAGAUUCUGUUCCGCGAGGAAAUGAGUCUCACCAGUUUGAGCACACUUCUCUCCGACGUCCGCACAAACCUCACCUCAAGGGGCAUGAAGCUACCCGUGGCGACCAGCGAUCUUGGCGAUAACUGGGAUGAAUCGCUGGCCAAGGUGAGCGAUUACAUCAUGGCGAACAUCCACCCUUUCUUUGGCGGCGUCAACGUUAAGGAGGCAGCGGCAUGGACCACGACUUUCUGGCAAAACCAGGCUGGCGCCUUUAUGAAAUCGGACAAGUCCAAGAACAUUAUUAGCGAGACAGGCUGGCCGUCACAGGGUGGGUCGGACUGUUAUCCGGAUACCAAAACUACCAAUUGCCCCGAUCGUGCGGUUGCUGGAAUCACCCAGUUGAACCAGUUCAUGAACGAUUGGGUAUGUCAGGCACUCGCCAACGAAACUAAUUAUUUCUGGUUCGAGGCCUUUGACGAGCCAUGGAAGGUCCGGUUCAAUACCGAGGAUCAACAAUGGGAAGACCACUGGGGUCUUAUGGACGUUGACAGGAAUUUGAAGAAGGGUAUCAAGAUUCCGGAUUGCGGUGGCAAGACCGUAGAUUGA